CUACUUCCUUGUUAAUCUUCUCUUGGCAACAGCAGUUUCCCAUUCCACCCAAGAAUUCUUCAGAAGGAAAGGCCUCCCUUCUGCUGUGGCCAGGAAGUCUCCUCCCCCUCUCAAACACCACCUGCUUUAAGAUGCCACAGGUUCCCCUAGAAUUUAGGAGCAAGUUCAAACAGAGAUGGUUAUUGCUCCCCCUGGAAAGAAGCUGAUUCAGGGGAUGAACAGAUACCACCAGAGAUACCACCACAAGGAAGAGAAAGCACAUCAGAGAAGUCAUUCAACUUACAUAGACUCACUGUGGUCAUAUUUCAAAGAAGAAAGCUAAUACUCAACUGAUAACCCCUUUGGAAAAAGAAAACUUAGGGAGGAGACUUUCUAAGGGAGAAAAAGCCAAGGAUUAUCUAUCCCCUGUGAAAGAGGAUCUCUCGUGACGAACUUCAGGCUGUUCCUCUAGGUUUCAGAUGAUUCCUGCAAAAUUUAAAGAUGGGCCGAGGAGACAGCACAGGAGCUCCAGUACUGUGGCGAAGGGCUUCCACAACCUCUGGGAGGUCUCUAGCCGGAAUAUAAAGACCCCCUCCUCUCUUACAAGUUCAUUCCUGCUCUCCAAAGACAGUUCCAGCUAUUCCAGGAUUAAGGAGGAAAUUGUCAAGGAGCUUCCCAGUCCCGCUGGCAAUGUUUACAGCAGAACCAGUGCUGAGAAGGACAAUACUGAAGUAGUGAGCAAUGUCAUCACCUGUGGGACUGGCUAUCUUCCAGUAAUGCAGGAGCUGCAAAGGGCCUUUCUCAUGCGUGCUGAAUGUCCUAGGUUUAGCAACAAGUCAACUUCAACAACACAGUGGGGGCCAGGUUUGGUUUCUAUAUCUGACCUUCCCAGUGGCACGUACUUCAAAAACAUCAACUAUGAGAACUGGAAAAUGACAGAUGAUACAUCAUUCUCAGACAUCUUAAAAUCAAUGCAAAAAGAGAGGGAGCUGACAUACAGCAAGAGUGCCUACGAAUUCCAAACCCUCAGACAAAGCGAGGAAAGUCCCAGUGUGCAAACUGUAAUGAAGAGCUCACAAACCCGGAAAAUGCCUUGGUAUGCUACCGUGAUUCAGGAGAAGGAUCGGCACUUGCUCAUGAUGAAAGAUGAGAUCAGUCGGCUUACAGCCUUGGAGGAUGCUUGCCUGAGGAAGGAUGAGGAGCUUGCUCAGCUCAAAAAGGAGGUGAAGGAGCUCCAGAAACAACUGCAAAUCCUGAGUGAAGCCCAGAAAAUAGAUGUUUACCUCAAGAGAGAGCCCUCAGGUGAGAUCAGAGACAUCUCUGAUGCCCUGGACAGAAAGGAAGACUUGGAGCCACAAGCUACUCAGAUGGCUCCAGAGACCAAGACAAGAAAGGAAACUAAAAUUUACAGGGGGGAGAAAAUGCAACAAAGAAGCUUCCCGGAAGAGUCAAAGGAAGGAGGUUCUAAAGUGUGUGUAGAACCCUUACCAAGUCUUCUAUCUGUUGAAUUAAGUCAAGUCAGUGUCUCAGGGAGUGUUAUGAGAGAAGAAGAGGAUGUACAAAAAUCUAUACAAGAGGAUUCUCUAGUUGCGGAAAAAGUUCGAAAGCCACCUCAUUUCCCUGAUGAGGGCAGCGUCGAGGCAGAAAGCAAAGUCGCCGAAGAAGAGGAGAAAAUAUCAGAAGAGGAAGCAGAGGAAAUCGACUAUAUAGACAGGGAAUUAGAGGAAGUGCUCAUGGCCAAGAUCAAUGAGUAUGAGCAGAUCAAUGAAGAGCUCCAAGCUGAGCUGGAAAUCACCAGAAAUGAGUAUUCAAUCAUUGCAGGAACUAUCCUGUCUUUACAAAGACAAGUGGAUUUCCAGGAAUCCCAACUGCAAAAAACCACACUGGAAAAAGAAAACCUCCAGAAGGAACUUCGAGAAAGGAAAGCUCAGCUUCAAGCCAUGUCGGACAAGUUUGCCAGCCUCCGAGAAGAACGAAAACGUGAAGAAAUGAUGGGCAUCAUUGAGAAAGACAAUCUUAACCUCCGACAGCAUGUAUCUGAGCUGGAAUUUGAACUGAGGAAAAGAGAAGACGUCAUCUCGGAGUACGACAACAAGAUCAAUAAGCUUCAGGCUCAGGUGAAUUCAGAUGAGAACCAAAUGCAACAUCAGGAGAAGCUCUAUGAGGAACUCCAGAGCCGUUAUGAGGAAAUGCAGCUCUCAGAGCAGCAGUACCGGGUGCUCCUGGAGAAUUCCCAAGUCAGGCUUGAAAGGUUAAGAAGUAAAGUCAUGCAGGCUGCAUUUAGUGCAACAGGAAUCAAGUCUCCUGCUACAGAAAUAACAGACAAUGACAUCCUGGAGGCCUUGCAGAGAAUCAUUAAUGAACGACUGGAUUUUUAUCAGCAGCUGAAACAGAAAGGGGUGAAAGUCCCCCCUCUCCACCAGAGUGAAGUGGUGUCUUCUUCCAAGGGCAAGAAGAAGUAACAUUCAUUCUUAGAAAAGCUCUUAAGAUUUGUUCAGCCACGCUGAGACAAAAGCUAUUUUCUAGAAGUGUAUACUGUUCUAGUGUGUACAUUUUCUAUUGGAAUGGACCCAUAAGUACCCUGGGAUGUUCAAAGAUUAUUCCUCAUUGCAACAGCAUUAAGACCGCACCUCCCCCCAACUUCUUCCAGGGAUGCAGGAUGCUCUCGGCAGAUAACUGGUCAUGUUUCCUUCUCUCUCUCCCCCAUCCCUUGCUCCUUUCUUCCCCCAUGCUGGUUUUUCUACAUUCUUUUCAGCCCCCAAUUUCUGCUUUUCUCCUUUCUCUUUCCACAUUAAUGAUUACCCAAUUCAAACUAAACCCCCUGUCCUCCUAUUUCUCCUCUGACUCUGACGCUAGAGUCAUAUCUAACAUAUAACUGUUAUUAUUCCUAACAGAAACCCUAGAAAGUAGAUAGCCAAAAGGUUAUUCUUUAGCCAAUAUGUUCCUCUUACAUCAUAUUGCCGGUCAAGGUGAAGGGAUGUAGGAUUUCUAUUAGGAAUAUAACAAGUCGCAUGUUAAAGCUUGAAAGUAGUUUACAAUUGCUUUCUCACAAUAAUCUUGUGAGGACAGUGUUUUUGUUAUCCAGAAACUGGGGCUGAAGGGUUCUCCCUCUUCAUGGAGAAGUGCCUCCCUACUUCUCAGAGACAUCUUAGAGAGGAUUCCUGCUCAAGCUCAGGCAGGUCUAGGAUAUCUAGAUGGCCUCAGGUAUCUCUUCCAACUAGAUGGUCUUGGAUAUGUUUUGAAAUCUCAGAAUUCAAUUCUGGGUGAAAUUUUGGACCAGUUCACCAAGAAAAAUGGCCACAUUCCUUCUCUGGAUAUUUUAGAAGACAAAGAACUAGAUUCUGUCUGAUUGAUAUUAUGUAGAAGAGUCUUUUGCAAAAGAGGAGGGGAAAAGAGUGAGAUCGGGAGCUCCUUGAGGCUCAAAACACAUAGCUAAGCAAUUAUCUGAGGCAAUAUUUGACUCAUGGCUUCCUGCCACCGAGUUCUGCACUCUAUCCACGGUGGAAUCCAGAUGCCUAAGGGAAGAAUUAUGUAAAUUUAAAGAGGUAUAGAACCUUUAAAUGGGAUGAAACUAAACAACUAUGAAGGAAUGCUAUAGUUUGGUAGGAUUUUAAUUGGGGAGUCACUCAAGAGUUCACCAUGAAGGUGAGUCAAUUGCAACACUUUGUUAACCAAGAAUUAUAUAAAAAUAGCAGUGUCAAGGAUGACAUAAAGAGGAUAGAUUGGAUGUGUGGUAAGAAUGAGGGAUAGUUGACAGACCAUACAAUGUCAAGAAAUCCAAAGACUAGGCUCCAAAAAGUGGAUAUGAGGGAAGACACCAUCAUAAGAUAACAUAGAUUAUGAUUCAUAUCAUUGAGUGGUACAUUAAUAUUGAAUAAAUCAGAGUCACCAAAAUGAGAGAAGUAUAAAUAUCAUGAGCUAUUAUUUUCAACCGAUUUCUCUUUCUGAGAACCUUGUAAAGAAUCUUGCUUGUUAUUGAAUUUA